UUUAAGCAAAAACGCCAUUAAACGAAAGCGAUGGCCGUUUGUUUUAGAUCACAGUAUCUUUUCAUCUUGUUGCUUUUAACAAACUUGGAAAUCGUUAAGCAAGACAAAGAAAACUCCAUAUAUAGUCCAUCAGAUAUCGAGGGUUCCAUUGGAGAAGAUGCCUUGUUUAUGUGGAAUACUACGGAACAAAAUGAAAUCCUUGCUGUCAGCUGGGGAAUAAGAAAGGGCAACAUCCCCGAUCCUCAGUUUAUCAAUACUAAUAAAUAUGAUGGAAAGGUGAACAUAAACGAAGAUAUUGAUGCGGCAUUGAAAAAGAGAGUAGAAUUUAUUGGAAACUUGACAAUAGGUCGUGCAUGGUUUGUGUUGAAGAACCUUACUGUGAAUGACACUAAUGAAUACAUUGCAAGCAUCAGCGACGAACUAUCUAGUGCUCUACCAUAUUAUGUGCGGUUGAUGGUUAGAGCGAGAAGUAAAGUAACACCAACAGAAGGGCCUUCUCCAACCCCAGACACUACAGCUUCUGCUCCGAACAUUACAA